AUGUCGGCGCUUCGAUCCUUCCUUGGGAAGCUGCCGCGGCCCUCCUGCCGCCAGGCCGUCCUCGGUGGCACCGUCGCGUCCGCCGCGGCGGCCGGGAUCUGGCUUGGUGCCGAGGAGGAGGCCAUGAAGAAAGAGACGCAGCGGGCAGCUGAGGAGGCGGCGGCCAAGAAAGCGCAGCACGCCGGGGAGGAGGCGGCCACGAAGAAGAAGACAUAG